GUAUGACUAAUGAUGGCCGAAUUCUCGUUUCGCGGAAAGAAAGUCAAGCGAACGGUCGUUUCGUGGCUGCCGAUCCAAUCUGCGGUCUCAACCAUUUCGCCAUAUUGGUCUAGAACCAUGUAACGUUCACAAAUAAAUAUUAACUUUCGUAAAUAAAGUCAGGAUGUCACUUAGAUCUUGAUUUAAGUAUUGUAGCUAAAGACUGGCACGUCUGUUUAGCUAGUAUUGUCAAGUGAGAAUUUGGGGUUAUGUCAUAACAAUACAAAAACAAUGAACACGAUGACCCCUUUGGAAAGUCCUGCCCCUGAGCACAAUUAUGGCCGCCAACUUGCUAAACCACUCCACAUACAACAAUUGGAGGCAGCUUUGAACUUAGAGCCAUUUAUGAAAUAUGUUGAAUCUAUGUUGUCUGAGAAUAUAGAGAGUGUUGAUGAAAGUGACCUUUCCGACAAUGAGGCAGAUAUUUUGAAAUGCACAUUGAAGGGAAGUGAUGAUGGUAAAAUGGUGAAUGGUAUCUCUAUAUCUAAAUAUGAAAGAAAAGCAGACAAAACAAGAUUAUACAACUUCAGUCAAGUCAGAAAGAGCCGAAGAUGGAUUCGAAGUAUACUGUUGAGUGACACAUCCUCAUCUGAAGACGAAGACCUACCAUUAAAACCUGAAGAUCUCCACUUCAUGCUAAACAUUCACAAGCACAAUAUGAAGCAUAGAAAUAGAUUUUAUUCUGAUUCAGAGCUAAGGCACUACCAAUAUUGCAGUACUGGACUUCUCUCCAACUAUGACAAGUAUCCAGAACACAGUAAAAUGUUUGCAGGUCACAAAAAGAAAAUGGCCAAAGAGCAAAAGAAACAAGAGAAGAAAGCUAGAGCUAAGUUGAAACGUCUUAAAAAAGAUCAUAAUUUAGAUGAUGAUGGAGAGGAAAUAGACCCAGCCGUUUUACAAGCUAUUUUAGCCAAGCGUCAAGAAAAGAAGGAAAAGAAACCUAAGAAAUUAACCCCUGAACAGGCUGAUGCAAAGAGAAGAAAAUUAUGGAUUUCUAUUGCUAAAAAAGAAAUUCCUAGGGCUCAAAAACAGAAGGCAUCUGCUCGUAAGGAAAUGUUAGCAUCAUUGAAAAAGAUAUCAACUCAGGCAAUGCGAGAAUGCAGACGAGGAGCUCUCUUGUCACAGAAAACAAUGAAAGAAACACCAGCAAGAGCAAGGCGACUAACCAGAGAAAUGUUAAUUUAUUGGAAGAGAUUUGAAAAGGUGGAGAAAGAACACAGAAAACGUGCAGAGAAAGAGGCGCUGGAACAAAGGAAACUAGAUAUUGAGCUGCGAGAGGCCAAACGGCAACAACGAAAAUUAAACUUCCUGAUCACACAGACAGAAUUGUAUGCACAUUUCAUGGCCCGUAAAAUAACAGGUGAAGGGAAUGAACACAAGGAGAAAAUAUUAUCUCAUCUUGACGAGAGGAAAGGUAUCAGCUCUCGUCAUGUUAAUGGAGGUGUCCUUGAGGAUGAACUUCAGGAUGAUGACUAUGAUUGUGAAGCUGUUAAAAAAUUAGCUCUAACAAAUGCUGAAACAGCUUACACCAAAAAUGUGGUUGAGAGAAGAGCCUUUGAUUCUGAUGCUUUGAAUCAAGUAUUAUCAGAGCCAACACUCAGCUCAGACUCAAAGUGUGCCCAGCCUGACAUGUUUAAUGGGAAACUCAAAGGUUAUCAGUUAAAGGGCAUGAACUGGGUGGCCAACUUGUACAAUCAAGGCAUCAAUGGAAUCUUGGCAGAUGAAAUGGGUCUUGGGAAAACUGUACAGAGUAUAGCUUUCUUGGCUUACUUAGCAGAGGUUCAGAAUAUCUGGGGUCCUUUUCUUAUCAUUGCUCCAGCAUCAACUCUUCACAAUUGGCAGCAGGAGGUGUCCCGGUUCACACCUAAAUUUAAGGUUGUUCCUUAUUGGGGAAAUACACAAGACAGAAAAAUCUUAAGAAAAUUCUGGGAUCAAAAAUCUCUUCAUACAGAGGAUGCCUCAUUUCAUGUGGUCAUCACAUCCUAUCAACUGGUCAUACAGGAUGUCAAGUACUUCCAACGUAUCAAGUGGCAGUACAUGGUCCUUGACGAGGCUCAGGCCAUCAAAAGUACUUCAAGUGUCCGAUGGAAAAUUCUGCUUGGCUUUAGCUGCAGGAACAGGUUACUAUUGACUGGAACUCCAAUUCAGAACAGUAUGGCAGAGUUGUGGGCCCUGCUCCAUUUCAUAAUGCCCACCUUGUUUGACUCUCAUGAUGAGUUUAAUGAGUGGUUUUCUAAGGACAUUGAAAGUCAUGUAGAGAAACAGUCUGGGAUUGAUGAGAAUCAGUUGUCCAGGUUACACAUGAUCUUGAAACCAUUUAUGUUGAGAAGGGUGAAGAAAGAUGUGGAAAAUGAAUUAUCUGACAAGAUUGAGAUCUUAGUGUAUUGUCCACUGACCACACGACAGAAAUCUCUGUAUCAAGCCAUCAAGAAUAAAAUAUCAAUUGAAGAUUUACUGUACUCAUCUUCCUCCACCUCAGCUCAGUCUACUACUAGCAGUCUGAUGAAUAUUGUUAUGCAGUUCAGAAAGGUGUGUAACCAUCCUGAACUUUUUGAGAGAAAUGAACCCAAGUCACCAAUACAUCUCAAUGCACAUACAUUUCUGUUACCAAAGCUCAUCUAUAGAGAAGGCUGUGUGGAGAAACUGUUACAAAGUUGUGAACAUAUUCUGUUAAACUUACUCUAUAUAUUUUCACCUCACAACAUUUAUUCAGAUCUGUUUUCAAGUCAAGAUAGCACAUUCUCAUUUACCAGACUUAUAAAUAUGUCACCUAAAGAAUUACAUAGUUAUAUGUAUGGAGGUUUAUUGGUCAGGUGGCUUGGUGUUUUCUUAUUAAUGAAAGAAGCCUACAGGAUACACCACAUGUCUCAGCAGGAAAACAUUAGUUUCACCCCAAGAACAUGUCUGUUGCUAGAGCCACUACAGACCACAUCAGUGUGUAAUAUAGAGCAAAGUCCAAUCAUGCAGAACCUUGUGUUCACAAGCUACACAUCCAAGUUCUACACACAUCAGAAGGUCAUAUUACACUACAUCCCAGAAACAUUUGCACACCGGCAAAUUAGACUUGGCCGUGUCAGGCACGUAUCUGGGAAGAAAAUAGCCAGCCCUGGGAGUUCACCCACAAAAUCUCCAGGGAAAAGUCCUACAACUCACACAGUCACUGAAGAGAUUCAUCUGCCUGUAUUCCCACACAAGUAUCGUCCAUCUAGAGCUCUAAAAUGCUGCAGGAUAGACAUGGCUGAUUUCUUUAUGCUGCUCAUACCCAAGGUGACAUGUCCUGGCAUGGUUGAAUACUCAAGUGAUCGCAGUGCAGAGUGGGAACGAAUCAAGAAACUUGAAUGUGGUACACAGAUAGCUAAACAGGCUUUAUGGUUUGGCUCUCCUGAACUGUAUUCUGUAGCUUGUCAGGCAUCUCGUCAUUUCACUUAUGUUCCCAGGGGAGGCUUGUUGGCUGUGAAACCACAUUAUGGUUGGACACAGGUUCAAAUUGCAGACAAAGAAUCUCUAGUGAGUGAUGCUGGAAAGCUGUAUGUGCUGGAUUCACUGUUACAGCGUUUGAAAGAUGAAGACCACAGGGUAUUGAUAUAUUCACAGAUGACAAGGAUGAUAGAUCUACUGGAGGAGUAUAUGUGGUAUCGCAAACACACAUAUAUGCGGCUGGAUGGAUCUUCCAAGAUUUCAGAACGCCGUGACAUGGUGGCAGACUUUCAGACUCGUUCAGACAUUUUUGUCUUUUUGCUGAGUACCAGGGCUGGAGGCCUGGGCAUCAACUUAACAGCUGCAGAUACUGUGAUAUUUUAUGAUAGUGAUUGGAACCCUACUGUUGACCAGCAAGCUAUGGACAGAGCCCAUCGACUUGGUCAGACCAAACAAGUGACAGUCUACAGGUUAAUCUGUAAAGGAACCAUUGAGGAAAGGAUACUACAACGUGCUAAAGAAAAGAGUGAGAUUCAAAAAAUGGUAAUCUCAGGGGGAAGCUAUAAACCUGACUCUCUAAAACCUAGAGAAGUUGUAUCCUUGUUAAUUGAUGACGAUGAAAUGGAAAAGAAAUUGCUAACACGACAGUUUGAGAAGGUUGGAGAUGAUCCAAACUUAGGGACUAUAUUUAGAAAGAGGAAACGAGAAUACAAGAAACGAGAGGGUACCAAGAAAAAGGCAGUGGAGGAAAAUAAUUUGACAAUUCCUGCCCCAGACACAGAGUCUAUAGCCAGUAGGGAUUCAGUGCCAGCUAGUCCAAUGUCUGUAGUGAGUGAGUCCACAUCAAUGAUGACCCAUGAAGACAGUAAUGAUGGUGGUUUGGUCAUUGUGGAUGACAGCAGUCAGAACUUGUUUCCACCAGUUACCAGCACACCGAUUCAACCCCCAAAGAGAGGUAGAGGCAGAGGUCGCCCACGAGGUUCUGGUGUAGGAAAAAGGCCACGAGGUCGAGGCAGUGCCAAGAAAGCUCUCUCUGCUGCUGAAAUAGCUGGUGCCCAUGCAGGAAUGACCGCUGCCUAUGCUGCUUAUGGAUAUAAUUUUACAGGCAAAACAGGAGGACAGACCAAGCCACAGUUACCACCUAACUCAUAAAGAUCUUAAGCUUGGAAUUGAGCUUGUAAAUAGUUCCAAUGAAUAAUUCUUUGUUGUCACUGUAGAAUACAUUAGUAUAUGUAGACAGUGAAAUGGUGAAAUGUAUAGAUAGAUACAUCAUCAAUAAUCAUUGUAUUAAUAUUUAUGUGUAUGUAGACAUGUUAGAAAUAUCACAAGUAAAAUUAAACUUUGUGCUGUAUAGUUUGUUUAACUGCCAAUCUUAACAUAAUUACAUUGUUAAUGACCAUUGCCUAUAUAAAUUCUGUUAAACUGCCAAAGGUACUAUUGGUAAAAGAUAACAGUUUAUCAUUGUUGAUCACAAUUAUUGAAGCACAUGUUUUAAAUGUUGCUUUUCUUAAGAUAUCAUUACAGAACAGUCAUUUCUCAUGACAAUUGUUUCUCUUUAAUGUACAUAUGUGUAUAGAACAAAUGAUUACUGCUAUCUUUAUGUGUCUCAUUGAUAAUGUUGAACUUUUUUUUUUUUUUUUUCAAAUAUAGAGUCUCUGAAUUUUC